GACAGCAGAACCCCCGUGUAGGUCCACAGGGAACGUGUUGCUGUAUCCCCCUCCUACUUCCUCACUCCAUUUGCUUCAUUUUGGUGCUGCUGGGGGGUAACAUUUCAGCAGGUUUAAAUCCUAAGCAAUGACAAAGCCGCGCUUUGUAGCCCUACCCAAGCAGCUUCUGGUCUCUUUACCACCAGGUUUUUAAAGUACGCUUCUGCCAGACAUACUUGUGUUGCACUUCUCUGCUAGGAGCACGUGAGAGCACAGUGUCUGAAGGAGCAAAAGGAGAGAACAAUCCAAUUCCAUGUUCUUUGGGCUUGCUGUUUGUGCACGGUUUGCUUGUUCAGGGGAACAGGGAGUUGCUCUGUUUGUAUCAAUUUUUCAUGCAUCCCAACCAGAAAGGAACACUCAGCCUGGAUUGCAGUUUUUCUUCCAGACUUGAUAUUAGUAACAGUAAGAGAAGCACAACUGCAAAGGUAACUUUUAACUCUAAGCAUCAUUUUGUUUGAGGCUUUGCUUCUGCUAAUCAAUUUGCUUUUCUAUUGCCGGAAAACUGGGAGUAAUUUGAAGGGAAAUCAGGGUUACACAGAUGGAAGUUCCAUCCUCUUGGCUGUAACAGCGUCCUUUAUCCCAAAUACAUUGCAAAUGUUGCUAUUAAAUGAUAGCAGUAAUUCCUUUUUUUUAUUAAGGACGCCUUGCAGAAGUGUUUUCAGAAGUGUAGUGAAGCAGAAAUGUGCUUCUGAGGGCAGAUCCGGCUCCACAGCAAAUUUAACAUGCUGUUAAUCCCACCACCUGGUGGAGCUUUUUAUGGCGCCAGCUGAGGAACACCGGAUAAGCACGCGUUUUUGUUUGGGUUUGCUGACCAGAUGCCGUGAGCAGAGUUGCUUUAACUUUUUCCUUCCUCGCACCAGGCUUAGUUUUCUGUGCCUUCUACCUUUUCUGUACUUUGCAGAAGGGAGCACAAGGCUGUGGGUGUCUCAUCUGAAGCAACGUUUCUGUGCACAGUUAAAUCAGUGACAGAUUUCCUUCCUUCCUGCCCUUCUCUUUCCCUCACAGCAUGCUUUUUUUUUUUUUUUUUCCUUUCUCCUAUUUAUUUCAGAAGUAUGAUGUUGGCAUAGAUCACAACUGUAAGCUGGGCAUGCAGAAGCUGCUUGUUUUCACUUAGGGGGCAAACGACUUCUUGGAGGAGGUAUCUGAUCAAGAAGACAGAAGCAGCGAUAUCUUUUUGCUUAUCUGAGAUUACUGGUAAAGGUUAAAGCAUGGGGGUGCAUGUAGGAGAAGUGUUGAGGGAUUCCUUUGCCCCUGUCUGAUGUAUGUAGUCCUGCUUGAUUGCAUCAGAAUAUGUAAUAUUUGUUAUCUGCUCAGUGAAGAUGCUGAUAUGUCAGAGGUAUGCAAAUUGACAGCUCAUACAUCAGAGUGCAAUUAAGUACCACAGUGUGAAACUUUCUGUUAGCAGUCCCCAGAAAACAUCCGUGUAGGACAAGAGACUGAAGCAUGCAGACAAACUACUGCUGUGUGCCUUUGCGUUCCUUUUACUGCCUUAAUGUCUGUGUCUGAAGACAAGAGGCUGACCCAGGCCUCAGCUCAGGAAGGUGGCAGCUUCCGUGUGCCUCUCAAGUUCUGCUGUGAUGCCUCUGGUCCCACAUCUGGUCCCAUUUAUCCCAAGGUGGAUAAAUGCCUUUGCAGUCCAUCCAUAUUCAUUUAGCUUUGUAGGUAUCUGCUCCAGUGUACUGUGUGAGCCAUGUCCCAGGCUUCAGGGUCUGCACAUUUGAUGUCCACAGAGCAUAGGAGGAGUGCAGUUGUCUACCUGUAGGAAUCUGUCUUUCAGCAUCUUGAACACAGUGUCAUUUUUAAGUAGCAAACUGAAAUACUUAAUGGAAAAUACAACAAGCUCCUGUUGGUUGGGUUUGUCCAACAUGCAUUGCUGGGAAGUACAGAACACGAGGAGGGAAUGGCUGUGGUCAGAGCCCACAGGGACCAAACAUUACCUUCUCCAUAUUUUACUACCUGCCAUUGGCUGCUGCUGCCAUGGAGGUACCCACACGUACUUUGGGUGUCCCAAAACUUCUCUGAGCUGGAGCCAUUGUUAUCCACCCCCUUGGAGGGUUUUUCUGCAGAGCAAGAAGCAGCACAGGGAAGUUUAAAUAUUCAGCUGAAAGUUGGAAGCAAGAUUAAAAUGCCUCUGGACUGGAUAAAUUGCUACUGAAAUUUUCCCAAGAUUGGUAUAUUCCUUUAAGUUAUUGCUUUCCAGCUGUUGAUGCACCAAAACAAAGGUUGUUCCUUUUAAAGGACACGACAUCAUUUCUGUAAGCUGGAUCUUCAAUCAAGGACUUAAACUUACAUAGCUGAAGUGCUGUAUGUGCUGACACAUCACAGUGCCGCAGCAGCUCAACAGAGAAAUCUAAUUCUAUUGAAUCUGCCAGCUCAGUUAAUAUGACCCUGCUAGGGAAGUGUAAGGUGUCACCUCCUGAUUUUUAGGUAAGAAUCAGGUUCUCUAUCUGUAGCUCAAAUUCAGUGAACGCUACGGGUGGCCAGAACUGGAUUUAUUUUUAAGGUAACUGCUUACAGCAUGGCAUGCAGAACUAAAGAUCAGUUUGGAAGAUAUCGUCUGAAUAUUAGGGUCAAAGUACACCCAUUGGAGUCCUACAGAAAGUCCUUGUUUGGGCUCAGUCUGGAAAUAGGGUACUUUACUCUUAGACUCCUACAAAAUUGUAUGGAAAGAACAUGGUGUGGAGCUACCUGCAACUUGAAUUGGAGCUGACCUCUCUGUGUGAGUCUCUUGUAUGGUACCCUGCAGCUAUCAGGCUGCAAUAAGGGCAUUCAUGCCUAUAUCUUAAGUUCCUUUAAUCUGAUGGGAUAUAGCGAUGCCUUUCACAUGAUCUGCCCUUGGGCUGCAUUAGCACGAGCCUUUAGCUGCUACUGCUCCAUGCAUCUCAUGUUUUCUCUUAUUAAUUCUUGCUGAAUAGGUUUGUGAAGGUGAUCUGACUUAGCUUUUGGUUUGGUGUAGAAACAUAACCAGGUCAAGAUAGUAAUCAGAUCAUUGUUUUUGAAAAAAAAUUAAGCAUUCUUGCUUUUUGGUUCACUGAAACUUAAUUCUGUGUCAAUUUCAGACCCUUGGAGAUAAAGCAAAGAAUUUUGACUAGAAGGACCAAAAGGAAAGUUUGCCUUUAGAAACAUCAGGAUGAUUCCCAUGGCCACACAGGAUCGGCUCCAUCCACAUUUCUGCUGUGUAGCUCUCCUGCUUGGCAGCCAACUGCAUACCUGGUACAAGGUUUGCCAGUUGGGUUUCUAACACAAGAUGUCAAAAUUGGCAAAAAAAUAGCAACACUUUUGUGAUGAAGAGUCAGGCAGUAGUGAAAUUCCCAUGUCAAUUACAUUCAGACUUCUCAGGAAGCGUAACCUAUGGACAUGUGGCACUGUGCCCUGCUGUCAGUGACACAUUGUGUGUUUGGGUCAAAGUUAAAGAUACUGGGUGGAAUCUGUGUGGGGUUUUUUGUGCUAACUGCCAUCAAAGCAUUGAGUGUGUGAGAGGCUGAGAGCUUCCCUGGAGCUUUCCACUUCAAAGGAGAAGGCAAAAGGGGAAUGACUCUCAGGUAGCCCUGCAUUCAUUCAUAUCAGCACUGGAAUACCUGUUGAGAUGCUUUGUAAAGAAGUUACAUGCAUCUGGCCAAAACUCCUCUUAUGUUUUCCUUUGAUAUAUGCCUGGAACCAGGGACAGAUACUGUAAGUCAAGGCUGCAAACUGCUCUAUGUGGCUUAAAUGGACAUCAAAGUAUGUUUCUCUGCUGGAAUAUACAUCCCCAGAUGAUCUGAUCCUUGGUGAACUAUCUAUGAAGAAAAAAAGAACCACACACUGCUUUCUACAGUUUGGGUCCCGCACAAAAAAACUGGAAUGUGAAGGGAUAAGGAUCUGUCUUUGUUGAAGCCAUAGUGGGAGAGACUUCCAAGCACCCUGAGGAGGGGAAAAGAAAUACCCAGCUUUGCCUUUUUUUAAGCCUGUCUGGGGAAAACGAAUCUUCUUUCCCCAUGGACAGAGGUACUGCAGGCAGUAGGUGCAGCCUAGGCCCCAGGUGGUGACCGGCCCCAAGAAGGCCGGCAGCAGCCUGUCCUUGUGGCCUUAGCUUCCCCCCACGUCGUGCUCCACCAGCAGCAAGAUGGUCACCGUCAGGAAAAGGAACGUGAAGGUCUUCACAUUCGCCUUCGUACUCAUCACGGUGACGUCAUUCCUGCUGAACUACAAGCACCAGGUGACCAUGACCACUUGGGAUCCUAAACAUAUCAUCAGUCAGUUUUCUGAGCAAGUCCGAAAACUCAUCAAAUUUCCUAGGAGGCCGUGCAGCUGUAGCACCUGUAUUUCCGAGCUGGGACAUUCCCUCUGGUUCGACCAGAGGUUUAACUCAACUAUGCAACCUUUCCUGACCUCACAAAAUGCCUUGAUCCCAGAGGACAGCUACAGGUGGUGGCUGAAACUGCAAGGAGAGAAAUCUCCAAAGAAUAUUAACGAUACUCUCAAGGAAUUGUUUGGGAUCAUUCCUGGGGACAGGGACCCACUGCAGGAGCGAGGCACUUUCUCAUGCAGACGGUGUGCCGUCGUUGGCAACUCCGGCAACCUUCGUCAGUCUCAAUAUGGCCAAGAUAUUGACUCCCAUGACUUUGUGCUCAGAAUGAACCGUGCACCCACCAUUGGCUACGAAUCAGAUGUUGGGAGCAAGACCACCCACCACUUUGUUUAUCCGGAGAGCUACAAAGAGCUGGCAGAAAAUGUGAGCAUGAUCGUGAUCCCCUUCAAAACCCUGGACCUGCGCUGGAUUGUCACCGCUCUCACCACAGGCACUAUCAACUUCACAUAUGUUCCUGUUCCACGGAAAAUCAAAGUCAGAAAAGAAAAGGUCCUGAUUUACAAUCCAUCCUUUAUCAAAUACGUCUAUGAAAACUGGCUUCAGAAUCAUGGAAGAUACCCUUCCACAGGCCUUCUUUCUGUGAUAUUUGCACUCCAUGUAUGCGAUGAGGUGAAUGUGUAUGGUUUUGGAGCAGACAGCAAAGGACACUGGCAUCACUACUGGGAAAAUAAUGCUUCAGCUGGGGCUUUCCGACAGACAGGUGUCCACGAUGGAGAUUUUGAGUUCAAUGUAACUUUGACUCUUGCCUCCAUUGAAAAAAUAAAAUUUUUCAAGGGCAGAUGACCCUAGCCACAGGGACAAGCAGGGGCUGCAAUUUCCAACAUGCAGCAGCACAAAGCUCAGUGAAGAUGAUCUGGAUGACAGCCAGGUUUGAAGGUGUGAAUCUGGAGUGGAUUCGGAGCGUCACACUGCUGCAGUGCUCACCACAGGGAGCUCAGCUGAGGAACAGAUUCAAUGCUGCACUUGAUUUGCUAUCUACAGAUAGCUGGGAACUACCGAUCAGAUGUUGGAAUAAAUGACAUCCUGACUCACUCCUUAGUCUCUACGGAUUGAUUCCUGAAUUACUGGUGAAAGAUCUACCGGUUGCAAUUCAGGGAAACCUAGACACAGGAACUGCUGUUUGUAUGUCCAUUCUUUCCUUGAGUAAGGCAAGAAAUCCUUGAAGAACAUGGAAAAUGUCUUCUGGGAUUUGAUACCUACUAGAGUAGCUCUGAACAUCAUAGUAAGGAUUACCUCAAAGAAAUUAAUUCAGUUCUGCUGUUAAUCUUCUUUUUGAAUUCUCUUCUGUUUCCUCUAUUACUUCUGGUUUCAUGCACUAUAAAUCAAAAACGUGAUGAAGUUGCCUGGAGUAGUAACUGUUUCUACCAUUGCCACAUUCUGCAUUGAUGGCAUCUAGAAAAUACAGAUCAAUUCACCUGUGAUCAUUACUUAUUUAUUAUUGCUUCCUAUACAGCCAUAGUAAGAAAAAAAAAAAAAGAAUACUGAAAACUCCAGAAAAAAAAAAAGAAUUAGAAAAAACAAAGGCCUUUUUAGCCUGUUUAAUUGUCUUGUUUGGUUAUAUAUAACUUUUUAAAUUUUUUUUCUUUUUUUUGUGAAAAUUACUCCAGAAUGCUUAUUUUUAUUUAAUCAGUUUAAGGUUGGAAAGUGGACUGUUUUCUCUUUCAGUCGUUUACAUGUGCCUUUUAUAGUUGUGCAACAGAUGUGAUUUUUUUUAAUGGUGACAAAUGGUAUUUUUUUUUUUAAUAAAGGGGAGGGAAAUUAACCAAAGUGUAGCCUCCUAGUGGUAUACUUUUGUAGUUGAAACUAAGAAUAAUAGCUCCUAUAUUGUACUUAAGCAAACAGAAACAAGGCUAAUUUUUAAAGGUAGCUUUUACCUUUUUUAUGGGAAAAUAUCCAAAUGUUCCAAGGAAUCUUUUCCUCUUAUUUUUUUACAAAUUUAGAAAGUGGUAUCUCUUUACAACAUCUACAUUUGGAAUGGAAGAAAUAGCACGAGUUGGAAUAUAAGAUAGUGACGCAGUAGUGAUGAAUCCCUUGCACAGUAGCAGCAUCUAUGAAGACACGAUCUACUCAAACUGAUCCUUCACUGUAAGCCAGACUUUAUGUGCAUUGCAGGAGGAAUGAAUGCAUUAUUGGCAGAGCUUCUAGACAAGGGGAGGAGGGAAGUGACAGUGGAGAUUUUACAUCUGCAGAUUCUUCUGGAUUCAAAGAGUCCAAGAAUGAAGUUCAGGUGCUCAAGAGUGGAGGACUGUGGGUUUUGCUUCCCAGUAUAAUGAAAAUAGAAUUUAUGGAUUGUUGACCAGUUUUCAGCUCUGGUGAAGCCAGUGGAGUUCUUGCCACAGACUUCGAGGGAUGUUAGAUCAGGCCUAGAAAAAAAAUGUCAUCUUUCAUUUCUAAUGGAUUACAAUGGUUGGGAUUUGAGGUAAUUCAGAAAUUGUCAUCUAAAUGACCUUUCAUGCACCAGUUGUGACAGCAUGUCCUAGUGGAUAGGCGUUUUGAUGUGAGCUCAGUGAAAGCCUAGCUCUGCAACCGGUGAUGUGCUUCAGUCCAAGACCUGCCCCCCUGGCCAGCUUUUAAUAGUAAUAAUGACACAGUCAGAUGGAGUAUACGUUUCACCAAGAUGAACUGCUUUACCCCCAUGAGUAUUACUGGACUUAUAACAUGAAAAGAACCAUGGAUGCCAAACACUGAUGCGAGGAACUAAAUUCUGUUUCAUGUACACAUACAACUCUUCAGUUUAGCAAUGUGGAAAGGGCUGGAUUUUCAAAUCUUCAUUAUGAAACCUGUUCAUGAUCCUCAUGUCAAGAAGCCCUCUCCCAGCAUGUUGGCCAGCACAGCUGCUCACCUGCAUGUCACAGGUGGAGCAAAUUGAACAUGCUUAACAUUUCUACCUGAAUCUUGUUUAUUUGUUUAAUAAUUCCUACUACUUAAAUUGUUGAUCAGUAUACUUCUGGAAAGAUGUCGCAUUAAUAUUUGUCAAGCAGAUAAACUUAAAGAGGAAAAAAUUUCUAUGGAAGACUCCCAACAGUAUCUUGACCCUCUGACUGGAUUUUGGAGAUUUUUUUAAAAUCAUUAGUUUGAAAUAUUACAAUUUAUUUUCUCACUGAUUUCUUCUCUCAGAUGUCAGUAACGGGAACAUUUCAUUGCUGUUCCAGUCAUUUUCAGAAAGAUGUGGAAGAGAGUUGUGGCUUGGUACCAUUUCCCAUUGAUUUUUUGUUACAAGUGGACUUGCAGUCAAGAAAAAUAAUAUUAAAAAAGAAAAAAAUCAAUCGUCUUCUAACCUGUAUUAUUUUAAAAGUUUCCUGUUGCUGUUCAAAUUAAAUUUCCAACUUUUCUCUGAAUAUUCUGCUUCUGACAGCACAUACAAAGCUCUUGGCUCAUACUGUUCUGGAUAGAUUUAAAGUCUUCAUGUGACAAGCUGCAAUUUGUGUUUUUCUUGCCAACAGCAAGUAGUAACUAUGUACCACUGAGGUCCAUUUUUCAGAGCAGGAGGAGAGCAGAGGGUGGACCUUACAAGCUGUAGGAUGAAGGAUAGUCCCCACCAUUGCAUUUCUAUUCCAGAGGAACUUUUUAUGGAGUCCUUUACGUGACUGACUGCUUAUAUCAUUCAAAUGCCUUCAGAAUAAGGAGGUACCAACAAAUGAUGCUGGAGGAAGAAUUCAUUCCCACCGUCAGUGCUGAAGACUGUCUGUCUUCCUGCUACACAUUUUCUGGGUUUAUUUUGUUUUAAAGAACAAGUUGCUAAAUCAGCAUGUCAAGACAUCAAACUCUUGAACUGUGUUUACCACCCCUGAAAAUUCUCUGAAGCACUCCUUGAGUGUGUGUUGUGUUCUUAACCAAAGCCAAAUGUCUUGAGCACUUUUUGUUCUCUCAUGAACACAUUUUCUUCCUACUUCUUCUGACUACAUAAUUGAUUAUGAUAAUCAUUUUUUUGUUGUUGUUUUGUUUUGUUUGCUGUGAUGGUGGGGAGUCUCACUCAAUCAUUCUUUGACAUUUUAUUUAUUUAAUUUUUCAGUAUGAUAUGAAUCAAAAUAAAUUUUUUACUGUUAUCGA